UCAGUUCGAAAUGGUUACUCGUGUGUUCCAUUGGCACUGGCAGAUGGUUUGGAUAUAAAAUUGAAUGCAGCAGUAAAAAAAGUGGAAUACAAUCAACGUGGAGUUGAGGUGACCGUGUACAACCCCCGCAAUCCGAUGUCUACGAAUACUUAUCACGCUGACGUGGUACUUUGCACCCUUCCUCUCGGCGUACUCAAGCUUAGCGUCGCUCCGGAGAGCAGUCAAGUUAACACCGUUCAAUUUUCACCUCCGCUUCCAGAUUGGAAAGCAGCCGCAAUUAAGCGAUUGGGAUUUGGAAAUUUAAACAAAGUCGUUUUGUGUUUUGAACGAAUCUUUUGGAACCCCCAAGCGAAUUUAUUUGGGCACGUCGGUAGCACCACUGCAAGUAGAGGAGAACUUUUUCUAUUUUGGAAUCUUUAUAAAGCGCCGGUUCUAUUGGCUUUAGUUGCUGGAGAUGCUGCAGCUAUUAUGGAAAAUGUUACGGAUGAUGUAAUAGUUGGAAGAUGCAUCGCUGUGCUCCGAGGUAUUUUCGGCCAAUCUGGUGUUCCACAACCUAAAGAAACUGUUGUUACUCGUUGGAGAGCUGAUCCUUGGUCAAGAGGAUCUUAUAGUUUCGUUGCCGUUGGAAGUUCUGGAAGCGAUUAUGAUUUUUUAGCAUCCCCAGUUAUUCCACCGACUCCUCAAGGACAAUCGGUAACCUCGGGUCCUGCAAGAGUUUUUUUCGCCGGAGAACACACAAUAAGAAAUUAUCCCGCAACUGUUCAUGGCGCUUUUCUUAGUGGUUUAAGAGAGGCAAGUCGAAUUGCCGAUCAAAUAAUCGGAAAUCCUUGCUUACCCACAAACGACGCCGAUUAAACUUAACGAACAACGUUUUUAUUGUUAAUAAAUCUCAAUAAAUCCUGUUUCCGAACGAAAGAGUU